AUGAACUAUCUCAUCUUGGCCAUCCUUUCCACUUCACAAGGAACUUCCAGUAUCUGCCACAUCAUGUACAUAGAAUAUGGUCAUCAAGAACACCUUCUUGGACUUCACCAAUCAUUCCUCUAUGCCUUUAUCUUCAUGAUGCCCAAGUAUUACAAGGAGUUGCUUUCUAAGGAGAAUUGGAAACGGCCUCGGCUAGAAAAUAUUCGUUUUGAUCGGUUGCUAGAUGAAAAAGCAGCAUUUGUUGAAAAGUCCGAAGGGUCUAUUGACAAUUUGGGAAGGGUAAAAGCCUUGAGUUUCUAUGGCUUUCCCUUGGCUUUUUUCCAAUCAUUUUGGAAUGUGCUAAAGGACGAUGUGGUUGCUUUUGUCAAGGAGUUCUUUGAGAGGGAACGGCCAUCUUCCGAGAUAGGAGCGUCUUUCAUUGCAAUUAUUCCCAAGUUUGAAGGCGCAGAGUGCUUAAAAGACUUCAGAUCCAUAAGCCUCAUCGAAAGCCCUUACAAGAUCUUAGCCAAGAUCCUCGCUUCGAUAUUCUAG